AUGAAGUUGGCAUCCCUGCUGCACCAGCCAAAGACCGAGCCAAUGUGUCAGCACCACCAGCAGCACCACAACAACUUCACCCAGCGAAGGAGUCACCAUCAGCAGCACAACCAUCUCCCCCAGCAAGAUACCGCUGUAGUAUGGCGCGUGUCUGUCCCAGAACAUCACCUCCUGUGUCUGCCCUGUGGACCUAGUCUGGAUCUCAACCAGGUUUUCAGCUGGACUCAUGGGGUUCAGGAGGUCCCCCCUCAUCCCCGAGACCAGGACCCAGACCAAAGCCUGGAUCAAGACCAAGAUAAUGACCAGGACCAGUGGAGGUUCAGUGUGCAGCCAAAUGGAACCCUGUGCCUUCUGAAUUUACAGAGCUCCGAUGGUGGACUGUACUUCUGCAACGGAGAGUUGAGAGCAGAGCUGCAGGUAUUGUCAGGUAAGAUGUUCUCUGUUCGGGCUGGUUGGACUCUGCUGCUCCCCUGCUCCACCUCCAAACCUUGGCAGCGCUGGCUAUGGAGAAGGUCCCAGUCCGGGUCUGAAUCCGGGUCCAGAUGGGAGCCAAUCAUGAGCAGGUCUAAAGAGGGUGUUGUGGUGCUGAGACCGGACCCUCGGCUCGGAUUUGAACACGGAGCUUUGAGGAUAUCAUCUCUGCAGCUUCACGACGCCGGAGAAUAUCGUUGUAAUUUAGGACCUCUGGGAACGCUGCUAGUCCUCCCAGAGCCCAGAUCGACACCCUCCUACACUUACAGCAGCUCAGCCCCCUCUAGAGACACAGAGAAAAAGAGGAAAGAGAAGACAUCAGAAAAUGUUCUCCUGAUGGGCGUGGUCUGUCUGAGCCUGAUGGUUCUGGUAACCUCCUCUGUCUGUAUAUUUCUUCUCACCCUGAAAUGUCGAAGGAAGAGACGCCGAAGGAGAGGAAAACAGAGUCCUGAGUCGACUGAGCUGCAGACGAGGACCACAGCCCUGAAACCAGAUGACGGGGGUGAGCCAAAGCUUUCAAGCCCAGAGGAGGAGCCUGAAGAGGAAAUACACUAUGCCUCACUGGGACGCCCCACCUGGAAGCACCGUCCUGCACUGACCACCGGUGGCAGCCAGGAUCACAGGGUCAUCUACUCCACCAUCUGCACCAAAUGAUCAAAUGUUCCAAAUGUUCAUAUUCAAAAGCACUGUACCUGAUUUUUAUUGUCUUAAAAA